CAGCGAUUAUUUGAUGCCACGAUCGGCUCGGCAGCCAAGCGCAAUCGAGCGGGACCAGGUCAGACGGCGCGCAUAACGACACAGAGCGGCAGAUCACCACCCGCCUCAAAGUUCAAAAGCAAAACGACGCGUGAUCAGAACGGAACGGUGCCGCAUCACCCAAGGCAAUUUUUGUGAUGUGAAAAAAGAUACAGAUUUUCAAGAGAUUAUUUAUGUAGAACUUAGAUCAAAUGAAUAAGUGAACGAACAGUAAGUGCUUGACGAGUGCAAAGGUUUAGAUAUAAAUUGAAAAAGGCACUAAAAAAGUGCCAAGAAAACGGUCACUUGUAUUAUUUAGAAAGAAACAGAAUAAUUAAAUAAAAAACAAAAUAAAAAUGACAUCCUACGACAAGUGCGACAAUUCGGCAAAGUCGCAAAUGUUGCCGCAGGAUGCCACACAAAUAAUUAUGGAAUCGGCCAAACCCUUCACCAGCGAAGCGCUGCGACGCAGUUCAACGCCACACACAGCAGCUGGCAAGGUGAAGAAGGCGCUGCGAAAUCGGCUGGAAAUACUCAACUGGAUCGGCGACUACAACACCGAAUGGGCGAUGAGCGAUUUGAUUGCUGGCAUAACCCUGGGCCUGACCAUAAUUCCCGAGAGUAUUGCUUGCGCCCUAUUGGCGGGACUACCGGCGCGCUAUGGCCUCUGUUCGGCCUUUCUGGGUUCCUUUGUAUAUCUGAUAUUUGGUUCGAUUAACAAAGUAAUUAUUGGACCCACCAGUUUGGUGGCCCUGGUCAGCUUGCAGUUCACGGUGGGCAAACCCAUCGAAUUCGCCAUACUUCUCACCUUUCUUACGGGCGUCGUUGAGUUGAUAAUGGGAACUUUGCGCGUGGGUGUAAUCUUCGAAUUCCUCUCCGUGCCCAUAAUUAAGGCCUUCUCCUCUGCUACAGCUAUCCUAGUCAUAGAAUCUCAGAUAAAAGUAAUGUUGGGCGUGAAAUAUCUCGUAUCGGGUUUUAUUGGAUCCAUUACUGCGCUGGUACCACGGCUACCUGAAACUAAUUUUGGCGAUCUUGGCAUGGGUUUAUUUGCUGUUAUAUUCCUCAUUGGACUUGCGCAAUUGGAAAAAGUAGCUGAUCAUCCA